AUAAUGAUGAUGUCAAAGAGAGCAAACCUAUUUUUCAAACGACGCUCACAAAACGGACACAUAGGCCUAUGCCGGGAAAGUUUUGGGACACUCUAUCGUGGGACGGGUUACGAGUCACUUUCCUAGCAACGACUUUAGCGUCGGAUUUUUUCGAUUUUGCAUCGUGGAAAGAACUUUCUACUACUUUUAUGCCGUAUUGUGUGCACACUUAGAUGUUUACUGAACUGAAACUGGAAAACGAGUCGUAAAUGUCGGUUCACAGAUCCAGUAACGUGUCAUCGCCUGCAGUAUGGAUGGUCUGAAGAACGAUGUGGCACGGCUACGAGAGAGAUACAAGACACUUCAGCAGCAACAGUUCACGUUUGUUGCAGCCCUUGAGCACUCCCGCAGCGAUGCCUUUGAACGAACCAAACCCGUCCGAACAAUCACUCAGGUCAAACAAAUGUAUGACCGGAGUAAGAACGCCACAGACCGACGUGCCAUGAGGCAGUGGCUUGACCUCCUGAAUGACCUCGGCAACAUCCUACGUAGUAUGGAGAAUGUUGCUGGCUCAAGUGCCAAGGAAGGCUCCAUCGGGCUGGCACUGGAUAGAUGGAAGGUCUUACUCAGUCCUAACCAUGACCUGUCCGACCUCAGAGCCAAGUACCCACACCAAGAGGUGAACCAUCUAAGCUGUGCGGAGGCCCGAGUGCUUUUCGGUGGGGUGGUCAGCCUGGUACCCCUCAUCUUUGACCAGGCUCACCGGGCACUCAGCGACAUGGCCAAAAGGGCCAAGGAGUACGCACCCCCGAGACCAGUGGGUGCAGGGGAGACCAGGGCCAACAGGGAGAUUCUGAAAGAUACCUACCCGCCCAGGAGAGCGGUGCAGAGCGCCAAGCACCACCGGUCGCAUACAGACAGUGAAGUUCCGGUGCGUGCCAAGACGGCCAUGGGCCCUCGCGACAAAAGUGUGGACACCAAGGACCUGUCCAAGCGUAUGCUCCGCCUCUCCUUUGGCAAGAUGCCAAAGAGUACAGAUGAGCCCGUGCUCUUCUACCGACGCACCCUAAAUGGCAGGGCAGACAAGCUGUACGUGAACGGCGAGAUCACGCUGGACCACGCCCCCUGGCGGGGGGCGUCCUAUGAUAAGAUCAACCACAAGGAGCACCGCCGUUUCGUCAACCUGGAAGGGAAACUGUAUUGAUUUAGAUGCUAAAGGGGGACAUGCAUGCUAAAGAAACCCAACCCUCAAACAUGCGGUUGGAGUUUGUAAUCGGCACAAAGGUGAAAGUGGUCUAGUACAAGAAGAAUUAUGAUCAAAGAUUGAUUAAAGGCCUCUUAAUGUCUGGAAUGGUGUGAAAAGAUUUAUUUUUUGAAUGGCAAAAUUAUGGGCGAAUAUCAUUUACAGUUGCAUCACCAUUCAACUUGUCGUGAUGUGCCAUUAAGCAGUUCAUAGAAAUUCCCAAAUUAAUAUAUUUUCAACCAUUUGUCCAGAUAGUCAAUAGCGAAUGACUGGUUAGUCCUCUUGAUUAUUGAAAAAUCAUUCCUGUAGUCUUGUUGCAAAAUUUUCUUGUGAAACAGGUAAUUGUAAAUUUCACUGAUUUACCAAUCUCAACAUGUCAGAGAGUUAACAAUAAUCCAGAUCUACUUUGAAAUGAAUCAGUGGUAGAUAAACAGCAAACAUUCCGGCAGUUGAUAGUUUGGUAAACUUACAUUGUCACUAAAUUUGAGGAUUGAAUGGCAUUCCAUUGUAAUUUUCAAUCAGCUUUUGACAGAGACAUGCUGAAAUAUCUUCCACUGUGUUUACCUUGCCUACUUAAAAUUUAUUUUUUUUCCUCUCAGUCAAAGCAAUAGCGAACAAUGUAUAGAGUACACGCUGAAAUGCCAACAGACAUCCUCUAGGUCUGAGUACUUGCUAUAAAGCGCUUUCUUUCUGUUGAAUUUGUUUUCACAAUUGGUAAUUAUUCUGUUAGACUAAGAGCUGGUUUGAUUGUUCAGGUUGGGGUACACAUUACUUCAGUGAAUUGAGUUUCUGCAUAGGGGUGGUGGGUUCUUCAAGGCAGAUCAGAUCCGCACAUUUGCACCAUGAUUAUUUCUUCAAGUACAGCUUCCACUUCUAGUUUCCUGAUUCUGUCACCUUUACUAUCCAAGAUAAAUUGUUGGGAGCCAUCCUGAAUCUUCAAAAGUCUUCCACUGUUUAGGAAACAAAUAUCACCAUUCCUUGUGCUUGCUCUUACUAGAGACAUUGAGCCCAUUGCCGAGUAACAGUGGCUGGGCUCUACCCUCCUCAAUCCUACAAAAUCCUCCAAAAAUCCGGUGGAUUUUGAAGGAUCCAGGAGGUUCAGGGCUAAUACAACUUCAGCAAGAUUCGAGGUAAUUUGAAGGACAGAGAGUCUACACGUGAUCGCUUGUUAUUGUGAUAAAGGUAAAUCUAUUAAAAUAAUGGUGUGAAAAUCUUAUCGAGCCACCACGUUGACACCAAUGUGGUGAAAUUUGUAAUUGUGUGUGAUUUUAUAUUUUAUUGUUACACACGGGAGGUGUUACCAUUAAGCCAAUCAUGCUGAAUGUUAAACAGUGUAAUCAUAAUGAAAAUGAUAUAUGUAUUUAUACGGUGCAUAAUCUAUCCACAAAGUUAGGUAUCUACAGUGCUUUCUUGGAACUUAGGUAAGGCUCGUGAAAACUCUCCAUUCUGUCAGAUAACAAGUUGGUCCAUGAUGCUUUGAAACAGCACUGCCAGCCUAAGGCUGCAUCCGAAUCUGCUUAGAGCUAGGCCUAGGUCUUCACUUCACUGAAAGUACGUGGAGACACGCAGACAAUGGACCUUGCUGGAGCUCUGGAAGCCCAUUUCGGACACAGCCUAAGCGUACUUUCUGUUGGUGGGAACAUUUUGGUGCAUUCAGAUAGGACUCACCAAAAUGUAAGUUUAAAGUACUGUUGAGCCAUCUGUAGUAUGUGGUGUAGUCAGUAUUUGUAAUGUAAAAAAAUAUGUUUGAAUAGCAAUGUACAAAUGUACACAAAUCUUGAAAUAAAUAUGUACCUGUAUAGAGUUGAAUGCAGUGUCCGUUCAGCUGUUAAUGU